UUAGACGGCAGAUACCGUACACCGUAUAGGUAUUGUCGUCAUCCGAAUGCAAUCACACACCUGGACGCUGUCUGGAUUUACAUUUCUGAUCGUGUCAUAAGGGGGGAAGCGAGGAGGAAAUUCGAGUGAACCCCGGCAACAGUUGACCUUAUAAGCGAACCAGCUAAACAUGGCCUGGUCUUUGGACGUCACAGCGGUACCUCCAUGGGUGAAAUACGUGGCAUUAUUCUCGUCCGGGAGUGCCAUCUUGCUGUACCUUGAAAAGGCGUACCGGCGUUAUAUUGUCAGACAGGUCAUCACACUAAGAAAGGAGAAAGCAAGGAAAGCGAUCGAACAUCUUAGAACACAACUUAACAAACAACAGGUAGAUGGAAAACUAUCUGCUGACAUUUUAAAUAUGACGGCAGUAGAACUCCAAAACGCUCUACAAUCCGGCAAACUAAAGGCCAUGGACGUUCUUCUGGCGUACCAGCGAAAGGCAAUCCAAGAAAACGACAAACUGAAUUUUAUCACAGAACCUAUCUUUGAAGCAGUG